AACUGGGCUCCAGUUGGCUGAUGCAAACAAGACUCGUGGGUUCCCAAGAGCUUUCGGGUACGUAAACUAAAAAGGGGUGAUCAGUUUCAGUUCAAAAAUUCCCAUGGCCCAGAGCCCGAGUACACAAAGCAGCCGUUCCUACUCGUGGGGCCUCAAAGAAGGGGAGCAUGAUGGGAGAAGACGAGCAACUAACUACAAGCCCCAGCAUGCAAUGCGCUAUUUGGCUCCUGGAAAGAGUCCCGCGGUGUAGCGCGGUUCCGCCUCGGCCCAGAACGCGGGCCGAGCGCGAGAUGACGACUGUCGUCCAACCAGAAUGCUCAGAAUGAGGAAGACAGGCGUGGCGCUGUGAGCGAGACCUUAGAUCUCGUAUCCAAGACUCCCUGUUUCUCCCUAGCUCCUGGCAUGCUAGGUAGCGGUGUCUGUGUACGCCAGACUAUUCCCCACAGGCCGGCAUCGGCCCUCCGAGAUCCUAGUGCCUACGGUGUUGCCACGGAAUGCCCGGAGCCGGAUGUGACGUAGCCGUGGAGGAAGAAGGGAGAGGUGGAGCGUGGCGCGGUGACGUCCUUCCAAGAUGGCGGAGAGAGAGUGAAGAAACUGUGUUCCCCUUUGGGUUACUAUAGAGCAAGGGUAAAAUUCGAUUCUGAUAUCAAAAUGCAGUAUUCGCACCACUGUGAGCACCUUUUAGAGAGACUGAACAAACAACGGGAAGCAGGUUUUCUUUGUGACUGCACCAUAGUAAUUGGGGAAUUCCAGUUUAAAGCUCAUAGGAAUGUGCUUGCCUCGUUUAGUGAGUAUUUUGGUGCGAUCUACAGAAGCACUUCAGAGAACAAUGUCUUUCUUGAUCAGAGUCAGGUGAAGGCUGAUGGAUUUCAGAAACUGUUGGAAUUUAUAUACACAGGAACUUUAAAUCUUGACAGUUGGAAUGUUAAAGAAAUCCAUCAGGCUGCUGACUAUCUCAAAGUGGAAGAGGUGGUCACUAAAUGUAAAAUAAAGAUGGAAGAUUUUGCUUUUAUUGCUAAUCCCUCUUCUACAGAGAUAUCUAGUAUUACCGGAAACAUUGAAUUGAAUCAACAGACUUGUCUCCUUACUCUACGAGAUUAUAACAGUCGGGAGAAAUCAGAAGGGUCUACAGAUUUAGUUCAGGCAAAUCCUAAACAAGGGGCUUUAGCAAAGAAGUCAUCUCAAACUAAAAAGAAGAAGAAGGCCUUCAACUCCCAGAAGACAGGGCAGAAUAAAACAGUGCAAUAUCCCAGUGACAUUUUAGAGAAUGCAUCUGUUGAAGUAUAUCUAGAUGCAAAUAAAUUGUCCACACCUGUAAUAGAACAAGUUGCACAAAGAAAUAAUUCAGAACUUGAGUUGACAUCAGUUGUGGAAAAUACUUUUCCAGCACAAGAUAUUGUGCAAACUGUUACAGUGAAACGGAAACGUGGAAAAUCACAGCCAAACUGUGCUCUGAAAGAACACUCUAUGUCUAAUAUAGCCAGUGUCAAGAACUCUUACGAGCUGGAGAGCUCCGGGGAAGAGCUGGAUCAGAGGUAUUCCAAGGCCAAACCAAUGUGUAACACGUGUGGGAAAGUGUUUUCAGAAGCCAGCAGCUUGCGAAGGCACAUGAGAAUACAUAAAGGAGUCAAACCUUAUGUCUGCCACUUGUGUGGAAAGGCAUUUACCCAAUGUAACCAGCUGAAAACGCAUGUAAGAACUCAUACAGGUGAGAAGCCAUACAAAUGUGAAUUGUGUGAUAAAGGAUUUGCUCAGAAAUGCCAGCUAGUCUUCCAUAGUCGCAUGCAUCAUGGUGAGGAAAAACCCUAUAAAUGUGACGUAUGCAAUUUACAAUUUGCAACUUCUAGCAAUCUCAAGAUUCAUGCAAGGAAGCAUAGUGGAGAGAAGCCAUAUGUAUGUGAUAGGUGCGGACAGCGAUUUGCCCAAGCCAGCACAUUGACCUAUCAUGUUCGAAGGCAUACGGGAGAAAAGCCUUAUGUGUGUGACACCUGUGGGAAGGCAUUUGCUGUCUCUAGUUCUCUUAUUACUCAUUCUCGAAAACAUACCGGUGAAAAACCAUACAUAUGUGGUAUUUGUGGGAAAAGUUUUAUUUCCUCAGGAGAGCUCAACAAACACUUUCGAUCCCAUACAGGAGAAAGACCAUUUAUCUGUGAAUUAUGUGGAAAUUCUUACACAGAUAUUAAAAAUUUAAAGAAGCACAAAACGAAAGUCCAUUCUGGUACAGAUAAAAUUCUAGAUUCCAGUAUAGAAGAUCAUCCCUUGAGUGAACAAGAUUCCAUACAAAAAAGUCCUUUAUCAGAAACUUUGGAUGUGAAGCCUUCUGAUAUGACUUUACCCCUAACUCUUCCACUUGGGACUGAGGACCACCACAUGCUUCUGCCUGUCACAGAUAAUCAGUCUCCUACAUCAGAUACAUUGUUGAGGUCAACUGUGAACGGGUAUUCAGAACCACAGUUGAUUUUUUUACAACAAUUAUACUGACUUUGUGAGGAAUAUGGAAUUGCUAAAUCGUCUCUGGUAGUAAACAUAAACAUCUCUGGUAAGGUGCAUAUAUUCAUAUUAAAUUAACCCUUCAUUUGAGUUGUGGCCAUUAGUUUUCAUUCACUGAAGUAAAAGCACCUGAUGCUGCAUCAUAACUGUGCAAUGCUUAUUUUGAUAUUUGGCUUUUAUGUCUACAUUAUACACAUAGCUUUUAAAGGAAUGAAUUAUACUACAGUAGCACUAUUUGGGGUGGAUAAGUUUUACUAUCUUUUAGAGCUGCCUUAAUUCCAUAUUUAUUUUCAUUUUAGAAUUGCCUUUCACUUACUGAAGUAGAAUCUAUCAGUUUAUGAUCCACUUAUGACCUGUGGGAUGUGUUUAUUUUCUUCCCGUCAAAAUUUAAACAAAAUCCAUAAUAGUAUCAGCCCAAGAGUGGUGCUGUUACUAAGUGCCAUAGACCAGUACAUAAACUGUGGGGAAAAAAUUCGAAUCUCUGCCUAAGAAAAUUUAGGUACUGAGUAAGAAUUGUGCUAUUUCUCUAUUAAUAUAGUCCAUUGGAGGUAACUUUUCUAAUGAAACAAAAAGUGCUUCUCAAAAACUAGAAAACUAUAUAUAAAUUUUGUUCAUUUAGAACUCAGUGUUCUGGAUAAAACCAAUGGUCAGUACUUUUGAAUUAUCUGAGACUACAUUUUCAAAAUGAAUUUUAAAUAGAUAUUUGGUGUUUUUAUCUUAUUAAAGACAGUUUCAGAUUUGAUGCAGAUUGUUUUAAUAGGUUUCUAGAUUACUGGAGAUGAGGAAAAUAUACUGAGUUUUGAAAAUUUUUGAUAAGCCUCUCAUAUUCUUAUGCACUUUUUAAAAUAUA